CAUUAGUUAUGUUUAGUUCAAAUAUUUAGUCAAUAACUCUAUCCAUAGUAUAUGAUUUAAACUUAAUAAUAAACCCAAUCGAUUACUUAUCGCCUUAUCGGUUUUAUCUGUAUGCAAUUAUACGCGCGAUAUUAAGAAUGGUGUGCAGCGAUAUCGUCUAAACUCCAGCAAAGAAUGCUGAUGUACAAGGGAACCUGUACUAUUAGGUUCCCCGGUAGUAAAUGGGUGGCGGCAAUGGUUAGUGGUUCUAGGGGGAACUCCCAUUCGCCUCUUGGCAACGACUCUAUUUAGAGGUGAAUCCGAUAAGUUAUAAUAGAUAAAUUAUAAUAAUAUGUUCCAAGUAUUAUUAUUUGUACAUUAACUAAACAAACUUUAGAGUACCAACCUGCCUACCUAUCGUUUCAAGGUUAUUUGAAAUGUCUACAUCUCGUUUUUUUCCACUUCAUAUAGGUAGGUACGUAUAAUCUAUAUCACCUAUUAUUUAACAAUAUUAUGCGGAUUGAAGUGAGAGUGCGUGGCAAUGUGCGAGGCAGAACAAAAAAGAUUAGAAUUUACUAAAAUUAAAAAAUUGAUUGUUAUUGGUUUAUUAACACUUGCUGUAGGUAUAAUAACCAUUUAUUAAUAAAUAAAAAGCAAUCAAGGAACUGUGUAUAAUAUUUUUAUUUUAUUCAAAGUUUGUGUAUAAUAAAAUAAACUAUGAAGUGCUAAGCUUAUUCUUUUCGCAUUUUUAUUGUUAUUAAGCGAUCAAGAAAAAAAAAACAACCGAUAAGCUGAAUACCUCGAUGCCUGGAUUAAGUGUUUAUAUACUUUUAUUUUUGUGUAUAUAGGUUUUGAUAAUUUAUAAAAUAAAAUUUAUAUUAAUAUUUAAAUAAUCAAUGAGAUUGCUAAUGGAAUACACCAUAAUUUACAUCAUUUGUAACAAUAGUCGAUAGUUUUAAAAUUUUUUGUGAAUAUUGACAUUAAACAUCGAAUAUAAUUUGUUUUUAAUACAAAAAAAGUAAUGUAUACAUCUUUAAUUUUAUUUACAGUAGUUUUCUUUAGUGUUUACCACACAGAACAAUCAAAUUUUUUAAGUAAAGAACGCAUACAUAAACUUAAUGAAAUUGCUACAUCGUGGAAGGUAAAAUUAUUAUAUUAUAUUCUAAAGUUUUUUCUUCGUGUGAAUUAAACUGAAUAAAAUGUCAUUGAAUAAUAUUUAUUUAUCUGUGUGUAUCUAUUUAUAUAAAUUCAUGAUAUUAAAAUAAAUUAUUUUUUUAUCGAUUUAUGUAGUGAAAAUAAAUUACUAAAAUUAUACAGAGUUAAAGGUACAACUGGUUAGAUUUGGUGUGCGUUUUAUAGGCAAAUUAAUUUCGAACCUUGUUGAGUUAGUUACAUAGUUAAUGUUUAAUUUAGUAUAAUAAUAAUAACUAAUAAUAAUUAGUUUAAUUUAGGCGAAACAAAAUUUUCAUCCAAAUACCCCCAGAGAACAUAUUGUAAAAUUAUUAGGAUCAAGGAAAUCCAAAAGUUUAAAUACAAUUUCAAAACGUCGAAUUAAGAAAACUGAUGCACUGUAUGUCAAAAAUAACGAAGUUCCAGAUACAUUUGACGCAAGAAAACGAUGGCCUUAUUGUAAAACGAUCGGGGAAAUUCGCAAUCAAGGAGACUGUGGUUCUUGUUGGGUAAAAUCAAAUGUAAAUUUAUUUAUCAUAACUUGCCGAUGUUAUUUGUAUUACAUUUUUAGGCGCACAGUACUACAGGAGCGUUUGCAGACCGAUUGUGUAUAAAGACGAAUGGUAAAUUUAAUAAGUCUAUUUCCGUUGAAGAGUUGACAUUUUGUUGUAGUCUCUGUGGAUAUGGGUGUGAUGGAGGUGACCCAUAUUCAGCCUGGGAAAAUUUCAUAGUUCACGGUGUAGUCACCGGGGGAAACUAUAACACAUCUGAUGUAAAUAAUAUAACGAAAUAAAUAUUUACGAUAAAAACAUUUUGAAAUCAUGUUCCUAUAUUAUAUUAUAAUAUUAGGGUUGUCAACCGUACAAAAUACCUCCUUGUUCUUUUAAAAACGAAAAUAAAAGCUCGUGCACACUUCAACGAGAAUACUAUCCCGAAUGUUCUAAAACCUGUUAUGGAGAUAAAACUAUUAAUUACAAAUAUGACCACCAUACAAGUAAAAUUUAUAAUAUAGAGUAUCUAUACUUUUUUUCUACGAUUGUACAAUGUAUAUUUGUAUUUAUCACGUAUAUAGGUAUAAGCGCAUAUGCUCUCUCCAAUGUAAGCAUGCAACAAGAUGUUAUGACAUAUGGACCUAUAGAAGUGACAUUUUCGGUUUAUGAUGACUUCGUUAAUUAUGAAUCUGGUAAAAUUGUAUGAUAAAUAUGAAUUUUUAUUUAGUACUUACCAUAAAUUUGAACUAAAUUAAAAAUUUAUUUUCUAACAGGUGUUUACUUUAAAACGGAAAAUGCGUCAUUUUUGGGACUACACUCUGUCAAAUUAAUUGGAUGGGGUAGAAAAUAUGGUAAACCCUAUUGGCUGGUGAUUAAUUCUUGGGGAUCAGAAUUCGGAGAUCAAGGAACGUUUAAAAUUCUCAGAGGCGUAAACGAGUGUGAUAUUGAAGAAGAGUCCACUGCCGGAAUUCCAUACUUUUAAAGUAUAAACAAUAAACAUACAAUUUUCAACAAUGUUUCUAUUAAUGACUAAAAUAAUAAAAUAUAAAUUUUAGAACCAUACAUUUUUUUAUAAGUAUUAAUUUAUGUACUAAUAUUGUACAUAUUUUCACAGCUCUCAAAUUUGGAAAAAUUUUUAACUAUGCGCAUAUCGAUUAUCAUGUUUAAUCUGGCUGCUCUGUAGUUAAUUGUUCCGUUUAUAGCCGAAAUACACACUUUUUUUUGUAUUCACUUUUCGAAUUUACAUGUGCUAAGCUAUUGAUGUGCUAAGGCUCAGAAAUACGCAUUUGGUAAUUUGAUAUGGAAUAUUUAUCAUACUUAGAAUCUAAUAAGGUACAUUAAAUGAUGUAUUUAUUCUGAAUAAAUUAGCUAAAAUUUAAAAACAGAUUUUUUAAAUUUAAAUUAUUUAAUGUAUAUUCAAAGAUUAAAUAGAAAAUACAAAAAAGGAUUCUACUGGAUAACAUUUACUUCGUUCUACAGUUUAAAAGACGAC